UGAAAGGGAAAUGUUGAACAUGCAUCAAAGAUGAACCAAGUGGACAGAUACCUGUGAAGUCAGAUUCUGUUAAGCCCAAGCAGCUUUUAAGUUUUUGUGUUGUACAAGAUUCACAAAUCCUAACCUGACUGCUAUUCUCUUUGGUUCAUCAACAAGAAGAUAUGAUUUAUGGUCAACAAAAGCAACAAAGAAGGUGAGUACUAUGUCAAUUGCAAAAAAGCUAUUGAUGAUGUUAUCCACAAGAAAGAUUGUGCUUGGCAAGUAUCGCCGAAAUGCAAAUUCAAAUGGGCAGAUCCAGGCAGAGUAGAGAACCAGGACUAUCAAGAAUUUCUCCCAUAGCCUGAAAAGUGGUUGGUGAGAAGAAAAUAAACAUGCUGUUUGUUCAAAAUAUAAUUGUGAGAAUACAGGGAGACCGAUGAGUCAGUAUACCUGUAACGAGGAUCGUAUGGUGAAACAAUGUGCUUCCUGAGCUUGAUUGUAUGGUUUAUUGUUGCUCCCAGUGAUGGCAAAAGGUCAUUGUGCAUGCUGUAUCCUCCACUUUCCAAUUGGAAACUAUCGUUGCCAAAGUGCUGUAAGCAGUUCAUACAAGAGCACAACAUGGUUGCACUAUGAUGCCUUUGUGAUCUGAUAUUCAGUGGUAAUGGGACUCGAGAGAGGUCUAAUAUAUAUAGGGUAGUGAAGGUUGCUGUCUGACUGAUGUCCUUGAUCAAGUGGGCUGCUUGGUCAAUGCAUAGGAAGGAUUGGAUGAGGAAAAGUUCACGAGAAGGAAAAGACAUAAUAAAGGAUUUUACUUGGAUCUAAUCAUUAGGAGUGGGAAAUACUGCAGAUUGAGUUGAAGAAGUCAGAACAUUAAUUUUCUGGAAACAAUGGGCAGAAGUUUUAGCCAACUUACGAGGUAUGUGGUGGUUUACACAUCUAUGGUGGAUGGAUUUGUUUCCAGGCCCACGUAAAAUAUUGGUUAGAGGUGGCCAUAGAUAAAACAAGUGAACCAUAAGAACUAGGUCCUGUUUGUUAGGUUACUUUGGAACUAAUUUCAGGAUAUGAAUAUCGACCUUUUGAGGGGUGAGGGCCUACUGUAAACAGUGAACUGUUUUUGGGUUCCCAGAAUUAUGCCCUUAGAUGUCUGUGUUCAGGCACCACUUCUGGGAUAAUGCAUGUCUGGUCUGCGAAUGUGAAUGUGACCACGAAAUUCUGUAGAGCUAGUUAUAUGAUCCUGUGGAUGGUCAUAGCCAAAAGAUGGCUUAAGACCAGAAAGACCUCAUUUUCUCUCUUCCUGGUGAAGUUCUGUUAGUUUUUUCCACAACCAUGUGAAUUUCAUUAGUAGAAUGACAUUGCAUUCUGAGGGCAAAUGACAUGACUAAGUGAUAACCCUCAUGAUCCUGUGAAAUGCAUCAUAAAUCAAUACAGCAUUUGAUUUGUCCUUGGGAAGAUGAGAGUCCAUGAUGAAGGUUGGAUGAUACCGAAUACAGUAUGGGUGCCAAACUUUGUGGUUUCCUGGUGGGUGCCAUGCAUGGUGAUUGAUGCCUAGGAAGAAUGGGAAGUUGCAUCUUGGCCACAAAGCCUGUUGGUGAGAAUGUUAAAGUUAUCAAAUAAGUCCACGGGAAACAGCAUUCGGAAAUAUAACUUGAGUACCACUCUACAGGUUAAGGACAUGAAAAACAUCAAUUUGUUUUCAUUGUCAGGGUUGGAUGGAGCUUUAGUCCUGUAUUAUGUGAAUAGUUCCUUUCCAUACUGUCUUCUCCUUGAUUGGAGAAUCCAAGAAGCUAAAAGAAAAGAUCUAUUUUAAAAUGCCACAGAACCUGAUCCACUUAUUGGUUGAUGGUCCUUUAGCUAAACCUCCAUCACUUAUUAGUGUAAGUUCCUGAUCUUUUAGAUGCUCUGUGCCAUCAAUUUUGGAUCUUUUCCAGUUUAUGGUUGGCUUACCUUACCACCUCUCACAUCCCAUCUCAUGGUCUCUCAAAGUGAAAAAGGAAAAUUUGAAAGGUACUACCAUCUAUUUAUCAGCCCGAUUUUCCAUCAGAUCUUUUGCUACUGUUCAUUUGUCGUGAAGAACCUAUAAAGAAAUAUGGCAUGCAUAGUCCAAGUUUAGAUAUGUGAAGCAGAUUCAGUCUCCUGUUUAAGUGGUGGUACCUGAAAUUGCAGCUGCUUGCAGUUGGGACUACCUAACUCUAUGGGUUGUCCUGCAACAAGAUUAUAAACCUUCACCAUACUCCCAUGUCUAUCAUUCACAUUUUGGUGACUAGCUUCUGUCAGCAUCAUCGGGAAUAUGAUGAUAUAAGAAACCUGUGCAAUGCAUUUGGUAGAAGUGAUGGAUCACAGAACACUCUUUAUGUUCUCAAAUUAUCAAUCGAAGUUACGGGCCAUAAUCAAAUAUUUAGUUGGUAUCUAUGCAACUGAAGCAUUUUGGUCUUUACAUCUGACAGUAAAGGAUGCCAGAACUUUGAUCAUUGUCCCUCUUCCAUAUCUCAAAAUUCCAAGUGAAAUCUGACUGUUAAGGCUGAGAGUGCAAAGUGGUCCAGCAAGGAAGGCUUCCACCUCUCUGAGUCCUUCUAAUUCCAAUGGUCCUCUUGCAAACUUGGGCAUAAAGCUUGGUGAUUACAUGAUUAUGCUGAUCUCUAAAGGACUGGUUCAUGGUUAUCAACUCUCCCUCAUGGAUGAUGCAAAUUGUUAGUCUCAUGAGUUGUGAAGGAUAUGCUACAAUUGAAACUUUUCUUCACCUUUCUAUUGGAAUAUAGAUUAUAUUACUGUUAAUCAACAGUUCUUGUAGCAUCAAAUUCGUUCUCAGGUCUGACACCUGUAGCAAAGAUCCCUCUUUAAAGACUCAUCUUGCAUGGUCCUCUCACAAUCCUAACCUGUCAGGUCGGCUACUACGUUGCCACCCGUGCUUGGAUCCCUCUCCGUCCCGACAAGGGAAGCAGGCGUCGCCUGGUGGUGAGAUCGGCCGGGUCGAGGAUGGAGCUCUCAUUGACGCGGCCCGACGACUGGCACCUCCACCUGCGCGAGGGCGACCUUCUCCGCGCCGUCGUCUCCCACAGCGCAAGGCAUUUUGGAAGGGCGAUCGUGAUGCCCAACUUGAAGCCCCCCAUAACCACCACCGCUGCAGCGGUGGCGUACCGCCAAUCCAUCUUAAAGGCUCUGCCACCCGACAGUCGAUUCGAUCCCCUCAUGACCCUGUACCUCACAGACAACACCAGCCCCGAAGAGAUUAAUCUUGCCAGAAAAAGUGGAGUGGUAUUUGCUGUAAAAUUAUAUCCUGCUGGAGCAACUACCAAUUCUCAAGAUGGAGUCACUGAUAUUUUUGGGAAGUGUUUGCCUGUCCUAGAAGAAAUGGCAAAACAUAAUAUGCCACUGUUGGUGCAUGGGGAAGUGACAGAUCCGAAUAUUGAUAUAUUUGACAGAGAAAGGGUCUUCAUUGAGACUAUUUUAUCACCACUACUAAUAAAGCUUCCUCAUCUGAAAGUUGUAAUGGAACAUAUUACCACGAUGGACGCAGUUAAAUUUAUUGAAUCAUGCAAUGAAGGUUCUGUUGCUGCCACUGUCACGCCACAGCACCUUCUUCUGAACAGAAAUUCCUUAUUUCAAGGUGGACUACAGCCUCACAAUUACUGCCUUCCAGUACUAAAACGAGAGAUUCAUAGACAAGCUAUCGUAUCAGCUGUAACAAGAGGUAGCAAUCGUUAUUUUCUUGGUACCGAUAGUGCUCCACAUGAGAGACAAAAGAAAGAAUGUCCUUGUGGAUGUGCGGGAAUAUACAAUGCUCCUGUUGCGUUAUCCCUUUACGCUAAAGUAUUUGAGCAGGCUGGUUCACUUGACAAACUGGAGGCCUUUACAAGCUUCAAUGGCCCUGAUUUCUAUGGACUUCCAAGAAACACUUCAAAGGUCAAAUUGAGGAAGAGUCCCUGGAAAGUACCUGACUCGUAUCCAUACACAUCCGGAGAAAUAGUGCCUAUGUUUGCGGGCGAGACUCUUGAAUGGUUUCCGUCCGACAACUGAUCCCUAGUGAUUUCUCUCCUUUCUCACUAAUCGAAGAGGCAUUUUGGGCAAGUAUUUUUUUAGAUGAUUUCAGUAAUACUCACAGUACUCUGUCGAAACCUUGUGGGAUUAACUCUCACGCACCUACGUUUUUUCUUAUUUGUAGAUCAUUAGUGCUCCGCAAAUGACCCCCACUUCCUUUAUUAUUUCCGAGAGAAACUUGUAAGCACGAAUUAUUAUGUCCCGAGUUCUUUCAACAAAUAUGAAAUGAUAUGCGUGAGCAAAAA